AUGCUGACGUCAACCGCCGGCUACAUGAGCACGGACAAGCGCUGUUGGAAUCGAGUGUACUCAGGAGACAAAGCGCUCUACGACGGCCUCAACACCAAGAUCACGGUCCCCUGCCCCGCCGCUGGCCAGCCGCUGAUAUUUAAUGUGGCCAGCGCCUCAGGCCCAAAGGACAACUACCAUACAGCUGGCGCCCAAAUCCCGGUCGGCUACACUGAUGGGCCCUGCGCGGCCGUCUCGGACAAGGCGAAAUGCGACCCCGUCCCGGACCCGAAGACCGCGCUCCCCGAUGCCGCCGACCCCGCCGGCGCCCUCAACGCGACCGCCGCCGCCCCAUCACUUAACGCGUCGGGCGUCGACGCCCUCGCCCCCGCCGCGACGCCCGACGCGCGGCCGGCCAACGGAGAGACGGUGACCAUCGGGUUCGUCCCUAUCAAUGUCGCCGCCGUCCCCGGCAGCCGCGUGGCGCGCGUUCAGGCGGCGCAGGACCCGGCAGCGGCUGAGGACGAGGCGCUCAUGGGCGUCAACGCCACAGCCGGCGACGCCGUGCAGCUGCGGCCGGUGAUACAGCGCCAGCCCGGCGUGCCGCGCUCGCUCUGGGUGUUCCUGCACGCGGCGCUCAUGAUGGCGGGCUUCGCGCUGCUGCUGCCGCUGGGGCUGCUGCUGGGGCGCCACCGGUGGAUGUUUGGGCGGGACCCUCGGACGGGCAAGGUGCUGGACAGCUGGGUGUGGGUGCAGGGCUUGGUGCAGGCGCUGGCGGUGAUCUGCGGGCUCGUGGGCGUUACCAUGGCCAUCCUGGGGACGGGCUGGAAGUCGAUGCGCUCAGUCCCAUACUACACGGGCCACAAAUGGCUGGGCGUCGCCGUCGUCGCCGCGUCCCUCCUGCAUGUCAUCGCCCUGAUUAUCAAGCCCAACCUCGCCACCGGCGCCGGCCGCGCGUGGGCCGCCGCGCGCCGCGCCUUCGGCUGCGCCGUCGCGGCGGCGGGCGUCGCCAACGUGUUCAUAGGAGCCGUCCUCAUGCACGGGUACAAGCGCCAGCCGUACGCGUACUGGCUGGCGCCCGCGGCCGCGUGCGUCGGCGCGGUCGUGCUGCUGGCCGCGCUGCUCGAAGCUAUAAAGAUCCAGCUGCAGCGCACCCACAGAUACUAUCCAAAGACGGACCAGAUGUUUGACGUGUCCAACACUUUCCACCACUCGUCUAAGCGCGGCGGCGCGGGGGGCGGCGCGGGGCCUGCGGCGGCGACCGUGGACGUGUUUGCGCGGUCAGAGGCGGGCGGCAGCAAGGUCUGA